AUGGCAGGAGGGACAGGAGACGGCGGUGCAGCUUCAUCGCCUGGGCCUCCUAGUACGCUCACAAACGGCAUGUCCGUCUCGGGCCUGUCAAACCACCUGCGCCUCAGCGAGGGCCUGAGCUGCCUCGACUACCAUCCAAGCUUUCGCGCGCUGGCGAUUGGCAGCACUCGUCAGAUUCACGUGGUGGAGGUGAUCGCAACAGUGGGCCACGACGUGGCGGCCGCAGUGCGGGUGCACCGGCAGCGGCAGCACCAACAGCAACAGGCAAACACGAAUGCAAUCACGCCAUCAGACGGCGAACACACUCACGCCUCUCUCGGCACCGCGGCUCCGUCCGACCUCCCUGCGUCGCCGCCGCUAGGGUCUGCGCCGUUUUUGAUGCGCAAUACCGGUGUCUUCGGCGGUCUCAACAAGGUGGAGAGCGUCGCGUGGUAUCCGAGUACUGAGGAGGCAUCCCUGGCCUUUAUUCAGCCGGCGCGAACAGUGACCAUCUUCCUCGACGCCAUCCAGUUCAAGGCGGACGGUACGUACCUCCCGCAGCAGUGGACGCGCUCGCAGUACAAAGGCAAGACUCUCACCUCCGCCAUGGCUGCUGGCGGCGGCUCGACGGCGAUGGCGGUCGUAGUAAACCUCGACUGCGUCUCUGGCGGGAUCACACCAGCAACCUCGACGACCAGCCUGGGCGGUGGCUCCGGGCUCUACACACCUGCCUCCGCGUCACUGGUCAGCUCCCCUUCCUACAGCGCCGCCUCCGUCUCCCAAGGCAGCGUGCCGCACGAGACUACCUUUUCCACGCCGACCAGUUCAGGUUUCUCCACGACAGGGUUUGCGGCCAGAAGCCUGCCCCAUGCUGUGCGCAACCCGAAGGGGCCGCUGGCGAAGGAGCUGAUUGAGCUGAACAUCGACAUCACCUACAUGCGAGUGGAGAAGAUCGUCUGGGAUCCGCACCACACCUACACUCUCGCUCUCAGUUCUCCAGCGACGCACUUUGAGGUGUGGCAGGUGCCAACGGACGGCUCGCGCGUCUACGCGCCCCAGUUGGUGCUGCGGCCGCCGGCGCACAACACACGCAGUGUCGUUCGAGACAUCGCCUUCUCACCCUCCAACCCCGAUCUUAUCGUCGUGGUCACGGAGUGCGGCAACACCGGACAGGUGCUUCUCUAUAAUCGUCGCCAAGUGGAGGCGAAGCGGUGCUUUGACAUUAGCGGCCCAGGCCUGUCGGCCGCCUUCCACCCAAUCUUCUCCGACCUUCUCGCCGUGUGCUUCCGCCGCGAGAAGACAAAGCCCGACACACGCAUAUCAUUCCUUCAGGUCAUGUCCGUCGGCGGGGCCGCCGCUGGGUGGUUGUCGGGGGUCUCCACGGCCGCAGCGACAGCGGUACCCCCCAUCUCAUCAGACCCCGAAGGAAGCCCACUUGCCGUCUCGUCGGCGUUAGCAUCUGCUGCCACGAUCCCUGAAAGUGCAGACGCAAGCUUCAUGACCAAGAUAGUUCCUGCCGGCACGUCGCCGCAUCUCGCCGAGCAGCCGUAUCUGCCCCAUAUCGACAACUACGUGUGCAUCAGCCGCAUACGAUGGCGACCCUCGUCGAUGGGAAGGCUCACGGAGCCGAAGCGGCACCAUUACAUGUCGUUCACGCCCUCUGCCCAGGCGCUCUUGGUGGCGCGCAACUUGCCCAAUUCAACUGUCCCGUCCGCCCCUGGCACCUUCACCUGGGUUGACCUGCUGCACUCGCAGCUAUGGUUCGCCUCGGCGGCGAUGACGACCGACACGGACCUUUCCAUCUGGGAUGCCACCAACGGCUUCUUUCCUGUGUGCGUUGUAAAGCACCUCGCCCCGCGCGGUGACACAACGACCCACGAGUCGAACGACUUUGUGUGGCUCAAUGAGCUGACACUGGUGACCAUUUUCAAGAGCGGCGACGUGGUCUGCACCAGCCUUCUGAACAGCCUCCCGGAAGACUCCGUCAUGGCCAGUCCCGAGCGGGUGCAGCUGCGGGCAGUGAAGCCGCAGCAACAGCAGCAGCUUCACCGGCUACACCAGCUGUUUGAUUCCGAGUCGAGAGAUGAGCUCGGCGAGCUGUACAGCAAGCGAAUCGCAGAGGAAGAGGCGUGCCUGGCCAUGCUACCGGCGUAUGUGCGCGACCCGUACGCGGAUCUACUCACCACAUUCACCGUGCUCCCGACCACCUCCAUCGUGUCCGACCUCUUCGGACACUCCUACACCAUUCGCAACACGAACGCGGCCCUGCGGCGCCACUACUAUCAGAUGAUCCGACGCGAGUGCGGGCAGCUUGUUCGCCGUCUUGCCAUUCAGGUGUCGAAGGAAGCGGUACUACGCCAGCGGUGGACGAGCAGGCGGCACCAGCUCCCCGGCAGCAGUCCCUCCACUGGGCCCGGCAUGACAAGCGGCCUCGCGGCCCUGCAGGAGCAGCGGUCGCGCCGCCCGCGCUCGCCAUUCACGCAGACGGGCGGCUUCCGCGGUCGAACCACGUCGUCGCAAGGCUCCAACUCGACGCCGCCGAGCCCGCAGCGCAGAAUGCUGACGCGGCGAUGCUCGGUUGUCACACCCUCGUCGUCGACUGGCGCGCGGCACAUGCCCGUAGCGCCGAUCUGGGGAGAGGGCACGAGCGGCGGGCCUGCUGGCCCUCGCGGAUCUGGCGGUGGAGGCGGUACCGCGGCCGACGCCAUCAGACUCCUCCAGCACCCGCCGUGGAGCCUGGAGGACGUGAGCGAGGCGGGAAUGGUCUCCCCACAGCACGCCCGAGAGCCGAGGCGCCACGCCAGCAAUGCGGGUGCUGGCGGCGGUGUCAGCAGCACCCCGCCUCAUCUCUACCUCGGCGUCUAUCACGAUGGGGGGAUGGAAGAUCAGCCCGCGAGGGAUGCCGAGGUGAGGGGCCACGUCUCCUCUCCGUAUCCCGAGGUCACGAAUGUGGAAGAAGAGGCAGCGGCGGUUGCUGAGCGCGUUAGCCGUAGCUCUUCUCGCACUUCCUCCGCAGCCGCUUGGAUCAAGCGACUGUGGGACGCUUCUUGGCGAGAGCGAUUGAGUCGCAACCGGUCCAGCGAAUCCCGUGAUCAGUGCAUCUUCCACUCGCCAGGCCGUUCGCAGGUGGAAGAUGCUGCUCUCGUCAUCACCUCUGGUGACGACGGCCCUGCGGCCUUGACUAGCGUCCUUGACGUCACUCCGAGCCUGAGUGUUGUACCAUCGUCGGACGAUGUCCCCAUUGUCUCCCCGCAUCCGUCGCGUUUGCGUCAGCUGCCACCUUCUGGAGCCGCCUGUGGUAGUGGUACCUACUCCUCGUCUGGUCUUGGACCAGCUCAGUCCACAGCCACAUCGCCGAUCAGCGUCGUACACAUCGACAACAGUGAUAGCAGCUGUGGAAGUCCACACCAGCUUGCCCCGACAGCGCCGGCCGCCCAAGCACACGCGGCAGCGGCACACAGCUUCCCUGCGUACCCUGGCGCAUCGACGAGCGCCAACACCUCCGUGAGCUCCGCAUACUCCCCACAGCAGCAACGCGUCGGCAGCGGUCGUGGUGGGCCCAGCCCUUCCUCACUCCUGCUCACAAGCUCCUCUCUCGGAGCUCUUCCCUCGGUGCCCGGUGACCUCGACAUCGUCAAAGGCGGUAGCUGCGUUGUCUUCACGCAACUCUUCCCGCUAUUGAAUGAGUGUGUGCGCGUGUGCAGCGGCGGUGGUAGUGGUGGUAGCUGCAAGGCCCGCGGGAAGUGCAAUGGCAGUGAAGAACCGCGAGUGUCACGCGUGUCCCUCAGUACCGCUAAGACGUCAGCGCCGGUUUCUAGCCUGGCGCCUCUCUCAGCGGCAUCUCCUACCCUCGACAACUCACCCACGUUGACGGCCGUCUCUGCUCCCCGCCACGACCUGCCUCCAGUUCUGUUCUCUCCCGCCUCGCCCCCAGCCAGCGCGGAGCGCAAGCCAGAAACAGCCACCACGUCGCCACUGCUGCUGCCGCUUUCGAUACUGGCCCCGGUUGGAAGUCGUGUCUCUGGCGGUGCCGUCAUGCCCACGCGCUCGGCGAACGGGGCCUCUCAGCUCAUGCCAGCGCAUGUCUAUCUAGCCUCGCAGAGAGUCGUCACCGUGGCCGUGGAGAGCUUUGUACUGAGCGAUGCAGUGUGCGGUUGGUCGUACCUGGAGAAGCAAGCUGAGCAGCUCGCCUUCGUGCGCUUUGCACUCGAGUGGGACAUGGGCUACGAGCUGGCGUUGGCCAUGAAGGCGUUGCGGCAUAAGCGCACGGACGCCAAAGCAGCGGCGGAGGCGUUAACGGCGGCAGGUGAUACGGCGCCGCACAGAGCGGAUCCUAUGCCUACACCGCAGCCUCGCGGUCCAGCCCGCUCGCAGGCUUCCUCGCGCGCAGCAGCCGCACACGACGACCGCACCUCGGGUGCUCUCCCGCGCUCGUUGUGGCGCAGCAGCAGCAGCAUAGUCGAUCGCCAUGGUGUCGAGUGGAAGUCACAGCAGCAGAAGACCACAGCGCCGUACGGUCCACAACUUGGCGGCACCUACUCUGGUGUCGCAACUGGCCGAGAGCGACGUUGUGCGGGCAACAGCGGCACACGCGGGCCCCCACACAUGCGUUCUGGUGCGCCGAGCGCUGAUCUGACUCACAUGGUCGACUGGGGAUACGGGGUACCGGUGCCGAGUCACGAGGAUGUGGAUGACAAGGUUGCGGCCAUGAUGGAAGAGAACGCGCGCAUCUGUGAGCGAAUGAUGCGCCAGCGGUGGGAAACCGGCUGUGCCGGUUCUGAGGACGGCGGUGCUCACACAAAUCGGCGUCGAUCACAAGGCGGGGACGACAGUGGGGUCGACGUAUCUGGCAGUCCCGUGUGGUCCUCAGGCAACGCUGCAACGACCCUAAAUGACGUAGAAGGUGUUGAGGUGGGUCAUACAGACGCCACACUCGCUGCAGAGCUGUCGAACGCAGCCGCCUGCGAUCCGCGCGCGCAGUGGUGGCGCGCUGCCGCUCAUGCCUGGCGCUCACACCACGUCUCCUUCAUCAUAUCCAUCACUGCCCAGCAGCUUGAAUACGCGUCGCUCAUGGGAGACGUGCAGUACAGCCUCGUUCUGUACAUCCUCUUUUGUCUCUGGUGGCGCCUGCACAGCGAGGUCGCGGAGGCGACAUACGCGAUGGCUCUCGAAGCACGCGCCCGUCGGCACCACAUUAGCAGUGGAGUGAACUGUGACGGUAGCGCUGGUGCGCGAGAUGGACACCGUUUCGCAGCACCGCAGGAGAGCAGCCCUCACAACAAUGCAGGGCCUAGUCACCAACUGUACACUGCCGCGCUCGUUCCAGGGAUAGCGGUGGAAGGAGAAGAAGGCGACGGCAGAGGUAGGUUGGGCUCCUCAGAGGCCGCAACUGCCCCCCGCUCCGUCACCACUGCGCCACAGCGACGAAACCCGUCGGCGGACGACGACGACACGAGGAGAACGCAAAUUGGCCUCCGAUGUGUCAGUGACGUGACAGACAGCGGCGACGGGAAAGACGCCACCGACGGCAAGAUCCCGUCGCUGGAAGAGGUGGAUGAACUCCGUCAGCUGUGCCUCUUCUUUCUUCGAUGCCCGCUGAUGCCGCUCUCCCCUAACCUGGCCUCGCAUCAUCUCCAACCACUUCAUCCGCAUCUGCGUCAAUCCGCCAGCGUCGACGCCCUCUCCUCUGGGACCGGAGGUGGCACUGAGCCGGGAGACCGCGCCGGCAAUGCCAGCUCACCUGUGGGUGGCUUCUCCUCCAUGGCAAUGAUGGCAGGCGGCGGUGGUACACCACGGCCGACGGGAGGAUCCGAUUUGGUCGGCAGCCUUGGCAGCGGAGGAUUGUUGCGAGCAUCGGCCUCGACGAGCAGUCUUCCCUCGCGCACCCACAACAACAGCUCACGACCCUUCAACGACACACCACCGACAUCUUCCAUGGUCGGCAGCCUCGGUGGUGGUGGUGGUACUGCGCCCGCCAGCUACCGAGCACGCACCAUGUCCCCCACGCCACAGGCUCUGCACCGACCUGACAACAGCGCCAAUGGUAACAGCGCUGGAGUCAGACAGGGGGCAGCCACAGGUGGUAUAAAGCUGGAGUCGCGCAAUGCGUACGUGGACUUGAAAGGGAUGCGUGGUGCGUGGAUGAACCCUCGCAAUGCUGAGGAUCUGUGCGCCACGCCGGACUACUGCCUGCCGGAGGAGUGGAAGAUACGCGCCCUUCAGUGGCUGGAGACCUACACGGCGGACUUGUACGCGCGCCAGCUCUACGUUCCGCUCAACGAGCUCCUCCUCGUUAUGCCGGAAAUCUUUCGCGAGCCGACGAACCCGGUUCUGCCGCGCGCUGCGGACAUCGCGUACGAGAAGCAGAUGACCUAUGUGUACUGCGGCACCUGCUCAAAAGCGGAGCUGUGGAGCCAAACCCAGCAAGACGCCGUCCCUGCCGCAGUGCGGUUGUACGAGCUAAUCGUGCGUCGUGGUCGCCACAGCAGCAGCAGUGAAGAGGAAGGAGACGACGACAACAGCAACAGCGGCGUCAGCAGCGCCACAACGGCGAUAGGUGCCGGCACACGACGGUCGCGGCGCAAGGGACACGGCGGACACCACCACACUACGGCAGCGAUUCGAUGCGGAUCAGAAGUGCACUGCUACAGGGACGGUGGUGACUCGUCCUCUGUCGCGACAACGCCGUCGGUGGAGUCGCCGACUUCCUCGAGCCCUUCGGUUGCUGCGGACGAUGUUGGUCUUGGGGCAAGGCUAGCUGAUGGAAGGCCUGCAUCCCCCGCCUGCUCGGACGUCAGUUUACCAUCCGAACACAGCACCAAAGAGCGGGCAGCGUCGGCCGUUAAUCCGCUCCGUGAAGCGACCACUCUGGAGAAGGUAUUCACCGGCCGAGAGUCGGAGCUGGACUGUAGCAGCAGCUGUACCAGUACAACCGGAGGGCCGCACCUGAACGCAGGCGCAGAAGCGGGCCCGGCAGCGUUGCUGACGCAAUGUCCCCAGUCUGACUUUGCUUCUUCCUUUCGCCUGCUGCCGCGUGGCCAGCACAACCGACGCAUCACGUGUCUCCGCUCCCGUCACAGUCGUCGCAGCCUCGACGACGUUGCCGACGGUGCUGCCGACGCUGAGCGAGACGGGGACAUCGCCGAUGAAGGGGAAGAGUCGCACGUUGUGGGUGCCGGCGUGGGUGUGGCCCCUCGUCCCGAGCGGCGCACCGCCGUUGGCUGCGACGAGUGCGCCGCGAACCCCACGGCGAACAACGCGGCGUGUCGGCGCUGCCACAACCGCUGUGCCAUGACGUGCGUCAUCUGCGAAGAAGUUGUGGAGGGCAUGUUCUUUUGGCUUCGAUCCUGUGGACAUGGCGGUCACGUGCACCACAUAGAGGAGUGGCUGCGGUACUCGCAGGAGUGCCCCAAGUGCGGUGUCCCCAUCACACAGACGUGGAAGGGCAACUGA